AUGACGGUGGAGCAACUGCGCACCAAAGUCUGCAUCAUUGGCUCCGGCCCCGCUGGCCACACGGCCGCCAUCUACGCCGCACGCGCAGAGCUGCAGCCAAUCAUGCUGGAGGGGUGGCUCGCAAACGGCAUCGCCGCCGGCGGCCAGUUGACCACCACUCACGAGGCGGGUGCUGCAGCCUCCUGCAUUCCCAGCGUGGAGAACUUCCCGGGGUUCCCCGAGGGUAUCGUGGGCGGCGAGAUCUGCGAGCGGUUCCGCGCACAGAGCCUGCGGUUUGGCACCAAGAUCUUUUCGGAGACGGUGGCACGGGUGGACCUCUCCAGCCGCCCCUUCCACGUCUACACAGACGAGAAGGAGGUCAUUGCUGAUGCGGUGAUCAUUGCCACCGGCGCCGUGGCGCGGCGCCUGCCUUUCCCGGGAUCCGACGAGGAGGGCGGGUACUGGAACAAGGGCAUCUCUGCCUGCGCGGUGUGCGACGGCGCGGCCCCCAUGUUCCGCGGCCAGCCCAUCGCCGUCAUCGGCGGCGGCGACUCGGCCUGCGAGGAGGCCCACUUCCUGACCAAGUACGGCUCCAAGGUGUACAUGAUCCACCGCCGCGACGAGCUGCGUGCCUCCAAGAUCAUGCAGAAGCGGGCGAUGGAGCACCCCAAGAUCGAGAUCCUGUGGGACAGCGUGGUGGAGGAGGCGUACGGCAACGCCAAGGGCAUGCUGGGCGGCGCCAAAAUCAAGAACGUGAAGACGGGCGAGAUCAGAGACCUGCCGCUGGCGGGCCUCUUCUUCGCCAUCGGCCACGAGCCUGCCACCGCCUUCUUGGACGGCCAGGUCGAGCUGGAUGAGGACAAGUACAUCAUCACCGCCCCAGACUCCACGGUGACCAGCGUGCCGGGCGUGUUUGCGGCGGGCGACGUGCAGGACAAAAAGUACCGGCAGGCGGUGACGGCGGCAGGGUCGGGCUGCAUGGCUGCGCUUGAAGUGGAGCAUUUCUUGGAAGCACACGGGCAAGCAUGACAGCUGGCAGCAGGCGGCGCGGCUGCUGCCCCGCCAGGCGCGCGACCCCGGCUGUGACAUCGGCUCGCCAGCUUCGGCCCUCCUGGCAUCAUCCCAGCAUUUGAUUCGUAUCCCUUUUGCCAUCUAAUGUAAGUGCCAAAGUCAGGG